GAAGGGCAGUCCCCGAUGCGGUCAGUAGGUGGCGGUGUUUUACGAGUGGACCACAGACUGAAUAGACAGCAGGAAGUUAAAUAACAUCCACAUCACAUCCGUGGAACAGCGCAGCGACAGAAGGUCUGUGGUAGUCCCACCAAAGUUCUGCUCAGACAGUCUGUAGAUGCCAUCUGCAGCUCCAAAGGGGGAGAACUGCCUUGUAGACAUGGACAACAAGGCUGGAGAGCUGUUCAGUGCUGACGAUGCUCAUCCAACUGGCACAGGUGGAGCUGGAAUCUUGGCAAAGAUGUGGCUCCCCAAAGGCUUCUCAGCCAGUAUGGCUAAAGAGUGGAUAGACAGGCGUCGGGUGUCCAUUCGACCUUGGGCCAGCUUUGUCGACCAACGCAAGUUUUCAAAACCCCGCAACUUUGGAGAGAUGUGUCAGAGGGUUGUGAAAAAUGUGGAAACUUACAACAGCAACUACACCUUCAUCUUCCUGGGUCUCAUCCUCUACUGCAUUAUCAGCUCUCCCAUGCUGCUGAUUGCCUUGGCUGUGUUCAUUGGGGCCUUCUACAUAAUUCACCUGAAGUCCCUGGAGUCCAAACUGGUUAUCCUCGGUAAGGAGCUGACUGUCCCCCAUCAGAUGAGUCUGGCUGGAGCCGUUUCUCUUCCUGUGUUCUGGUUGGCCGGAGCUGGAGCUGCAGUGUUUUGGGUUCUGGGAGCGACGCUGUUUGUGAUUGGCUCCCAUGCUGCGUUCCGUGAGCUGGAGGGAUCCGACAUGGAAGAGCUCCUCAUGGAGCCUGUGUGAAGAGCAGGCUGAACUCUCAGCAGGUGCUGGUUGAUGAUCAGUCAUCACUUUGACCCUGUAAUAAUGUUAGUCUGGAGGGGUUGAGGAAAACUUGCUCCCAGAUCUGUUCCUUAGCUACGUGUGCAUCCUGUAUUCCCCGCAUCUUACCUAUGCCAGUACCAAGGCUGCACCUUGUCUUGCCUCUAAAGUAGUCGUUGUUACAAACUGUGUUGCCUUUUUCAAACUCAUUCAUACUGAUAACAUGGCAGAUGCACAAAUAAUUUAAUGAGUAUUUAAGCACAUUAUCAUACAGACUUUAUGCCUUUCUCUAUAUAUUUUAAACCUUGGAUGCCUCAGGUUCGUCUCAAAUAGCCUUUGGCUCCCUGCAACGUCCCUUGUACAGUGACAUAUCUUUCAAGGUAUUAAUCUCUUUGGACUGUCCGCGCUGUGCUCUCUCCGUAGAUAUCUUCAGAAAUAGCUUCUGUAUCUAAACCAUCUGACAAGGCUGCUGGUUUGUUAUGUAAAGAUAACAUAUGCUGUAAAUGAAAUGUAUGCAAUUCUAAACUGCUAAAAAUUAUUUUCCAAAGGAAAGGUGCCAUUUGAAGCUUUAAAAAAACAUGUCUCAUGCACAAAUAAAAAACAGGUUUACUCAAGAGAAUACAAAAACAAAUUGGUAUUUCACAUGUAGUAGUUGACAUAGAUAGAUUGAUGAGACAAAAUGUUAAAAGGUCAGAACAUUGUAAUGGUGUUUUAUAUUGAGGAUAAUAUGGUACUUUGCUGACUGUCUGUAUGCAUAUUUAUCAGCUCUACAUACAACAUUCAGAUCUGAAGGUCAUUCUGUAAACCUGGAAUAUUUCCUUGUUGAAAUUCAUUAUUAAUUUGUUUACAUUUUGAUGUAAGUUGGGGUUUUUAUUUUGUAUUUUAACUGCAUUUGGGAAGUGCAAUAAAACCCUGAUGUAAAGAUAA